CGAGUUUCCUUUGAUGUUGCUGUCUCUUUGCCCUACCAACCCCAGUUCUUGCAGGUACAGAGUGGGAUGUGCCUGUGUUGACUGGAAUGCGGAUAUGCUGCUGGGUCACUAGACGACGUGGGUUGCAUUCCUUUGGCCAUUCAGGAACAGAUGGCAUCCCUCGCUGAAAGCACGGUGAUCUCUGCGGUCCCCCAAUUCCAAUGGUGCUCGUCUCCGUGCUGCAUCCAUAUCUCUUGCAAUAGUUGCUGUGGCAGGAUCAGAGACAUGAGCUGGACGGUAUUUGUUGACUCUCGUUCCCUCCACCCUAUGUGGGUUUGCAACCAUCGACGGUUUUCAUUUCCGUACAAGAGUCCCAUUCUUCGAUGGUUAUACCCCAGUUUCUCUAUCAUCUUUCUCUCACUCUUUCCUACACUCUUUUUUUUUCUCACUUUCCGCAAACGAACAUUGCAACAUUCUCUAUCUUGCCCUCUCCUUUACUACGGGUCUUUCACCCACCAUCCACCGUUUUGCAUCAUAAUCCACGCAACAGAUCUGAUCCUCACUGCUGUCUCCAGUCCCCCGCUUCUGUUCCUGAUCCUUGCCUUGGCUCUGGAUCGUUUGCGGAACUGAUUUCUAGUACAGAGACAGAGGCAGAGACACCCGCACAAGAGAGAAUGACAGUGGCCGUCUCGCAUUGGACGAGGAGCCCCGGCACGAGUGUCAGUCUCAGCUCGCACCCGACAGACUACGACGACAUGGCCUACUCGGAAGUCCAGUUCUCAGUAGAUUCAAUGGACGAGGACAAAGACGGUAGCGGGGGCCAGUCUCACCUGCCCUGGGGAGAAGAGACAGAGGGAGCCGGCGGGGGAGGAUCGGGCUCGGGUGCGGUCCACAGCGACAGCCUCCUCUUCGAGGACUUCGUCGACCUGGAGAGGCUUUCUUCGACGACCACCGGGGGUGACGAGCUCCCUCCCUCUGCUGCCGUGCCCGACUCGUUCUUCUACAACAUGCCACUCCCCGCCCAUGGGUCCGCGUCGACGACAAGCGUAUCGGACGAUCUGGACGACAUACUAAGUUGCCACACACAUCCGCUCAUGGAAACUAGGACUAGCGCCGCAGCAGGUCCCGCUGCCACAUUAGUGCCAUCAUCAGCAGCCGCUAGAGGAGGGGCGGCGACUUCAGACGCGGUGGUACCGUCUGUUGUGGGCGUUCCGGGUAUCCAGUCUUCAUGGACGAUCGACCGUGAAGAAGAACAAAGGAAGGCUUCGACCUAUCCGGACACAGCUCACGCUGGCGGGGCCGAGUCGAUCUCUGACUCUGAGCUCCUGCGCCUGGAAGGCAUAUCGUUGAAAGCGUCGCCAUCUCGCGCUCCAUCUGUCGUCGUUUCCCAUCCUCCCACUCCUCUUCUUCAAGCUUCGUCCGCUACCAGCAGCAACAGCAACCUCCACCUUGCCGGCAGCAGCAAUCAGAACAAUACUAGCAGCAACAGUCACACCAACGGUGGUCGUAAGCCGAGCAACUUCUUCAAGGUUGUCGCAUCGAAACUGCAGCAGAAAGCUGCCUCUGUCCGCCAUAAACAACCCACCAUGUCUACCGUCGCCAUCGACAGCAGGGGUACCCUCUCCCCCAACGCCUCGCCUCGCAAGUUCAAGCUCCGUCCCGAGCAUCUCCAGAACCUCGGUGGCCCUCACCCCGCAAGACUUCCCCUGUCCCCUCCCAACAGUGCCACUAUUCCCCAGGACCUGCCUUCCGCAUCAUCAGCCGGCGGCAACCCCAUGUCCUUUGGCUGUGGCUACGUCGAAGACCCCUUCUUCGAUGCUGGUGUGGCCGUCAACCACGUCCCCGUAUUCCGUCGUAGCGAUCCUACCACGCCACUGGACACUCCCGUUCUGGAUGACAAGGGCGGCAUGUUCUAUCACCACCAGCAGAUGAGCUCCGGUAACGUCGCCAACACCAGCAAGGCUUCCUGGCCAAUGGCCACAACAACUCCCCAGACUGACUCUCAUGUCGCUUGGUCCAAUGCCUAUGCCACUACCGAUGGCAUCGACGACCAGUGGUGGGGUGGAAACAACAUGGACUUGACAUCCAACUCACAAUAUCAAGCACAGAACGCUCGCAAUGCUACCUUCAACCUCGCCAUGCACACACAACACAGUGAACUGCCAUACGAAUACAACAACAUCGCCGCCGCCGGACAGGAAAUGUCAGGGCUCAUGAUUCACAUGCCUCAACCCCGUACCACAUCCUCGCCCAUCGUCCACUACCAGCCCCAACAGCCACUUCACCACCAGCAACACCCCCAACAGAUGACGGAGCGGCGGCCCCGCAUGCCCCGUGCCCCCUCGGCCGGCGCCCGGCACAUGUGUCUAUCAACGCCGAUGCGCAAGACGCGCAACCCGAGCCGCACACGUCAAGCCAGCCGCGACUCCUCAACGUCGCCCACACCUACGAAUCGCUCCCGUCACAGCAGUGGCGGCUCGUUGUCCAGUAUUGGUGGUGGCGGCGCCGCUCUCAGCGCCAGCGUCAAGAAGCGUCGGUCUUGGUCUCGUCGCGAAAGCAUGCGCACUCCUUCCAUCGGAAACUUGGGCGGUGCGUCCGAGGGGGUCGGCUUCGUCAACUUUACUCCUAGCGACAAGAAUGUUCUCAUGACCGGUGUGGCGCCCAGCGGAAGCUCCAAGACAAAGGCACGUCGGGAGAAGGAGGCGAUGGAGAAGCGACGAAGACUUAGCGAAGCAGCUAUCAAGGCCGUCAAGGCCGCCGGCGGCGAUGUGGACAAAUUGGUGGAGGAAGGAUUCGUCUUCUGAGCAAAGCAUUCUUCUUCCUUUCCAAUGUACAGCAGGUAUGCGCUUGGGGAGCGCUCGGGAGUUUAUUUUUGGGUCAGGACAUGCUUGGGUCCUAAGGGAUAUCAGGCGUUUUCAAGGGAUCAUCAAUUGUCGGCGAUUGAUCCGCGAGGUUUUUCCUUCUCUGGAUGGGUUUUGCUUCUUUCUCGCCUCUUUCAACUUUUGCUUCUUUUCAUUUACACAAUGGCAUGGGGAGCGCGAGCUCCGACUGACGCCUGGCCGGCUUAUCCACGAUAGCCGCUUUACUUUCUUACCAUCACCAACAAGUACCUACUAGCUAAUCUCCUUUUCCUUAUGUUGGAUCAACCCAAAAUCACAGGCUGGAACCCAGGGUAUGAGAUAUGGAGGGAUAGGUUAUCUUAGCAAAACAGAUGAAAUAUCAAAAUAUCACUAUUCAAAC